UUUGCUCAGUCGUUAGCCAAUGGAACGCGGCUUUGUUACACUGCAGGGUUUUCCAAAUAAACAUGGCCGCGCUCUGUUCCCGCCGCACGUCUUAUGAAGGUUGUUGAUUUGACCGUUUAUUCAUUCAAGUGUCGCAAAUAUGCUCAACCUCACUUUGCGAGAGAUUUCCGUGGCACUCAGAGAAGGAAACAUUUCUCCCACUGAGUUGUGUAGGAAGUGUCUGAAUCGGCUGAAGCAAACCAAACAUCUAAAUGCUUACAUCACAGUUACUGAGGAGCAAGCACUGAAGCAGGCUCAACAAGCAGAGACCAGACUCCUACAAGGUGCUCCUAAAGGCCCUCUGGAUGGAGUUCCGUUUGCAGUCAAAGACAACUUCAGCACAAAGAACAUCAAGACAACAUGCGCUUCAAGGAUGUUGAAAGACUAUAUUCCACCAUACAAUGCAACAGUGGUGCAGAAGCUUUUGGACCAAGGAGCUGUUCUUAUUGGGAAGACCAACAUGGAUGAGUUUGCUAUGGGUUCAGGCAGCACUGACGGUGCAUUUGGACCAGUGAAGAACCCCUGGAGCUACGCUGCUCCCUACUGUGAGCGGACAGGAGCUGUACCGGACACUGAUUGGGUCAUCACUGGCGGAAGUUCAGGAGGAAGCGCUGCAGCUGUGGCUUCUCUCACCAGCUACCUCGCUUUAGGGUCGGACACCGGGGGUUCCACCCGUAACCCAGGAGCGCUAUGUGGCGUUGUGGCGUUGAAGCCCACCUACGGACUGCUGUCUAGAUAUGGACUCAUACCGCUGGUCAACUCCUUUGAUGUUCCAGGCAUUAUGACACGUACUGCCAGUGAUGCUGCCAUUGUCCUAUGUAUUCUCCAAGGUCUUGACACACGAGACUCCACAACAGUUUCUCCAGCCUUAUCAUCAACGGAGAUGCUUGAAGAUUUGGACGUAAAAAAACUCUGUGUUGGCAUUCCAAAGGAGUUUCACGCUCCGGGCCUGUCUGAGGAGAUUGUUGCGCAGUGGAGCCGUGUCGCUGACAUGUUGGAGAAAGCAGGCGCACGGGUGGAGCAAGUGUCCCUCGCUCACAGCCAGUAUUCCAUUCCGUGUUACCACGUCCUGUGCUGCGCUGAGGUGGCGUCUAACAUGGCCCGUUUUGAUGGCCUACAGUACGGUCACCGUAGCCAAAUAGACCACUCGACUGAGGCCAUGUAUGCUACCACCCGACAUGAGGGCUUCAAUGAUGUUGUGAGAGGCAGAAUAUUAUCCGGCAACUACUUCCUUCUCAAACAGAACUACGAGCACUACUUUGUAAAAGCCCAAAAGGUUCGUCGGCUGAUAGCAAACGACUUCAAGCGCGUGUUUGGCUCAGGUGUCGACGUACUGCUGACACCCACAACUCUCUCGGACGCCACACGCUAUUCUGACUUCAUACAAGAAGACAACCGAACACGCAGCUCGCAGGAAGACGUCUUUACGGGGCCCGCAAACAUGGCAGGUCUUCCAGCUGUUUCUUUGCCAACCGCUUUAUCCAGACGAGGGCUUCCCAUUGGUUUGCAGCUCAUAGGCCCUGCCUUCCAAGACAAGAAGCUACUGAGUGUUGCCCAGUGGAUCGAACAGAGAGUUGGCUUUCCCUUCAUCAGUGACUUUGAGGAAUCCAACAAGCAGGGUUCAUGUUACAAUCUUAACCUUGCAGGAGCCCAGAGAUAAAUAAGUAGCUAUAUGUCCAAAUCUACUUUUGCCCCAUAAAGUUGAAAGGACAUAUUUAAGAAGGAUUUAUCAGGACAUCAUGCACUCACAGAAAUGACACCAUUAAUCCUUUUUAUUGUCAUCACCAAGAUCCUUUUAAAAGCCAUCAUUAUACAGGUUUAGAGUCAAAAAUCAUAUAUAUAUAUAUAUAUAUAUAUAUAUAUAUAUAUAUAUAUAUAUAUAUAUAUAUAUAUAUAUAUAUAUAUAUAUAUAAUAUUUUUUUAAUUAAAACAAUUAUUUCACUGGCAUGACAUGUGGAGUGAAAUUAGCCCAUUCGUCCAACUUAAGCACUGAGAAGGUGCUAAAUGAAGAGGUAAAAGAAAGUGUUAACACUCCAGCUCCAAAUAACCCUGACCUGUUUUCCGUGUGUGAAACAAUCUAAUUAGCCUUAUGCUUGCUAGAAUAUUUAAGCGUACAUGCUUAAUUGUUACGGCAUAAAAAAAGUUCACAAAUACAUUUCCCCUUGUGUUCAGCAAUAAAAAAAUAAUGUAUUUAUUCAAAAGAAGCCCCAUCAUUCUCUUGGUAGAAGCUGGCAGCUUCAAAUCCUCCAAAUCCCAGCUCACAGUUGCUACAAUUAGCGAGCAAUGAGCUGAGUUUAGAUCACCCCUGUGGAGAUGAAAAUAAAUCAUCAUGUGUUUUAAAAGAGGUUUUACUGCGGUGAGACUAAAUAAUAACAUUUGGAUGCUCUAUGAGUCAUACAACAAUUAAAAUGUUGAUUUAGCUUAAUCGUGACACUUAAUACAUAUGUGUACUGUCACGUCAUGCUUUCAUGCCACUUUCUUCUUAAGAAGUGCACUGUAUUUUGACCCCGAAAUGUAUUGUGUUGCUGAUAUCUGGGGGGGGGGGAACAACAACUCAUAAGAGGCUUAUGUUUUCCCAGUUGUUUUUUUUCCUACAUAUGUACAAGAUUUGUUAAACCAACCAGAGCCACUCCUCUCUUUUUCUUAGAACACAAUAAAUGUUCCUCUGGAUUGCAGGGAACUUGUCAGGUGAACAAAAGUGGACACUUGAUGUGACUUAAGUAAAAACAAAAUGGACCCACUAACAAGACCGGUACAAAGACUUGGGUGUUGCAUCUACUCUACAGUUAGGAUGGGCAAUAUGACCUAAAAUUAUAUUAAUUUAUUCACUUUUAUUACAUACAGAAUUCAUAGUAAAGUCAAAAGUGCAAAAUAAACAAACAUUUCCCAAGUGUGUACAAUAACAAAAGUGACAAAAACAUUUUUCAUUAUAAUAAAAGAUACUGUUCUGGAUACUGUCCCUUUACUGAUACUAUAUUUGCUAUCGUUACUAUCUAUAUUUGUAUCGAUCGGCUCACCCCUGUUUACAUUUAAAAACUCUAGCUUAGCAGUUAGCAUGACUUCUUGUACCCCACUGUGUAGUGUAUUAUGUUUAGCUAUGCCUCGUCCUCCAGUGAUCAUUAACUUGUAAGAAACAUAGUUUAUUUUCUCCAUGGAGGAGAGGAUUAGUGAUUUAAAAGCUGCACUGUGGAGGGACGUUAGCUGCCACAUUGCGUUGAGGACGCUUUUGAUCACUUGUCGCAGUCAAAUUUGCAGCACACAGAAAAAUGCGUCAUCAAAAUGCAUUAUUACAAUAUCACCAUUGUAUUAAACGCUCUACUGUCUGCUAAAUGCAUGUCAUUUAUGUUGUAUAGCAUCUAUAUGGCGCAGCUCUACUGUACAAUAGUGACAAUAGAGUUGCGCUGCAUAGUAGGAGUGGGCGGAUCAAACCAAAUAUCAAUAGUAUUGAUACCUAGGGUAUGUUUGAGUAUUGGAUUGAUACUUGAGCAUAGGUCUUCAACAGGGGAUCCGUGACCCACAGGGACUCCGCAGAGGUACUGCAGGGGCGUUGUAAUAUUUUUGGUUGAUGAGACUUUUUUUAUAUUCUCCACGCAAUUGUCCCACUAAUUUAAAUACACAUUGACAUUGCUCCAACACACUGUAGUGAAGUUUACAAAUGACAGUGACGUGGCCACUGCAAGUUUUAAAUAAAAACUUGAAUAAAG